AUGACCAACGAAAGUGACACCCCGCCCAGCUAUGAGGAGGCAUUGAUGACAUCAUCUCACUAUGGUUCGCUUCCAUCAACAAUGAACGUAUAUGGCCAGUGGACAAAAUGGAAAUCUUUAAAUCUAUGUGGUGCAACUGCCAAAGACCGCCUAUGUCUGAUUGAAAUGCACACUGGCUAUAGUGGCAAACCUCCACUCGGGAUGAGAACGGGAUUUCUCCUACGGAAUGGAAUGAGCAACAAGGAUCCACUUCUUGCUGCCGCCGGCGAUGAAUCGCAGGGCCUCCAUGCGUUCAAUCCGGAUGGCAUCGUUUUCUUGCCCCCACUUGAUGCAGACCCAAAGUCCGACCGCAUGGAUACGGAACCGAUGCGUGCUGAACCUGGUGCAAAUAACGAUAUCGCCUUCCACUUUUCCAUUGAGGUAGGCGAGAAGAAAAGGCGGGAGGAGUUUGCAUGGAGAAAGGUCAAGAAGGGUGAGGACCAAGCCAAGAGAAAUGGGUUCAAGCUGGUUCGACUCUCGUCUAGCGGACAGAUAUCCCAGCCGAGUGGCAGCAACGUCCAAAAAUCAUCUUCAUCGUCUCCAGGAGGCAAAGAUGGUGAAACUGUCGCUUUUCUUGGAUUGGUUAUGGCCUUCCCCAGUAUGACACAUGCGUUCACGCUUGAGCUAGUGGAUGGUCAGUCGGACGCAUUGGGAGACCGUUGGACUCUUAUGGUUAUUGUCACUGCAAUCAGGUUAUAUACUCUGCAUGUAAAAGGGAAAACGAGCAAGUUUGUCGUCGAUAUGGGAAAGAAGAGUUCGGGGAAAUAA